CAUAAUAAUCGUCUUCUGGGUGGGUUAAUGGGGGAUUCCCAUGAAUAGCUGACGGGACAGGUAUGUUUUACGCACAUUUGCCAUUUUUUCCAAUGAGCGACAAAGCGUUUGUUUCUUGUUGCACGUGACCCGGAAACGGAUGGAGGAGAGAGGAUAUUGCGACGGCAUCCGCCUCGGAGCGUGAACAGAAGCCAUGGAGGUGCAAGAAGAGGUGCCAGACGCCGCUGAUACUGGAAGUUUUGAUGAAAUUAUUGGGGUGAUGGGUACAGAUUUUUCUGGUCAGGUAAAUCAUCAGGAAUCAAGUGUUGGUGUUGCCAUAAGAAGAAACAUUGUGAGUAGACUUAGUCAUUUUUGCAUCGCUUAUAGUGCUCGACUAAUGUCUUUGAGGUUACCUUUGACCAAAGACAGAUCUGUACCAUUUCUUCAUGAUCUGCUUGUGAAAAUUCCAGCAGAUGACAAACUCAUUGUUACGGGUGACUUUAGUGCAAGAGUUGGUCGUGACUAUAGGUCUUGGCCUGCGAUCAUUGGACGUCACGGAGUUGGCAAUAAAAAUGAAAAUGGUCGUCUAUUGUUAGAUUCUGUUUUACUCAUCAAUUGAGCAUUUGUACUUAUAGAAUCAUACUGUUUAUGAUGUUGACGUGGUGAUGGCUUUACUGUCAAACUCGAUUAGUAAUAUGUAAUAUUCAUCGUUUGCAAGAAAUUGUGGUAAUCACAAUCUUUAUUGCGAGUGACUACUACACUGGCACUACAGAGAGACCUACUACUUCAUCAGGUAAACACAUAAAGUUGUAAGAGAAUCUAUUAGUUCUACUCUCCGCUCUAGUUCUACCAUUACAUAAAUGUCAUUGCUGCCUUGCUCGUACAGCCGCUCGUCUUCCAGUGACAGCUUGAUAUCCGGACUCGAUGCUCUGGACCGAGCAGCGUGAACAAACCGGUCACUCUCGGAAAGCGUGACUGGGCGGCAACCGGCCCCGCCUAUCC